AUGCCGGCGCCGCCCAGCUGGCCCCAGCAGCCCGGCCGGCCCUCACUCGACAGCGGCGGCAACUUCUACGACAUCGCCUUCAAAGUGAUGCUGGUGGGAGACUCGGGCGUGGGGAAGACCUGCCUGCUGGUGCACUUCAAGGACAGGGUCUUCCUGGCUGGGAUCUUCAUCGCCACCGUGGGCAUCAACUUCCGGGUGAGUGGGGUUACUGACUGGGGGUCUGUUCACCCAGCCUCCCUCCCUUCAGGUGCCCUGGUUCUCUGUUUCCCCACAGUACCAAGCUUCUGGGUCAGGCAUGUCUUCCAGUGACUGAAAUGAGAUGUACCCCUGGCACCACCCUUAGGGUUCUCCACUCUGCCUUUAGGGGUGGGAACUGGUGCCCCUAAGGCUGGCCAGUCAAGGCCCAGCACAGAGAAACCCUGGGACUGCAGGGGAUACCCUGGCUGCUGCCCAGGUCCCAUGGGAAAGGUGGCUGUAGUGCUUGCCAGCACCACCCCCAGAGCUGGGGUGGGCAUUCCCUAGAGACUGGGGGCUGUGUCCCCAGACCUUGCUUGGGGCAGAUGUCCCUGCCCUUGGGGAGGAGGAUCAGGUUCCCACCUAGCUCCCCUCCACUGUCAGAGACCCCCUUAGCCCCACCAACCUGCAGGCUGUCUCCUAGGCUUUUCUAGGGGUGCCCAUAGGCUCUCGGCUCCCUGAGGCACCUCCAGCAGCCUGUGGGGUCAGCAAGGAAGGAUAGGGCCAGGGCCUCAGACCUGGAGGUUCCGGAAGCAGAGCCCGCACCUCUGCGCACCAGUUUGAAUUCUGAGUGCCAAGGUGUUGGUGUGUUCUCAGCAAAACUUGGAUUUGCAUUUUUCACCCUUUAGUUAGACCCAGUUAGCAGGAGGCUAGGCAGAAGGCCCAUCUGGGGACAGAAAAGAGGCUAACUCCAGCCUGGGAGUCAGGUCCCCUCAAGUCCUCCAGAAGGCUGUCAGCAUUGAGGUACCAGAGGAGGUCGUUUAUUCAGGCUGGGGUGGGAUCCUUUUCCUGUUCUGGCCCCCUCCUCACCCUCCUCUUUGUUCUGGGUCCGGCCAGGCAGCUAGGGAUGUGAGGCCGUUGGGUUCACACCACUGCCCCAGGUACCAGAGAAGGCGGGGUGUCCUCCCCAGCCUAGCAGAUGGCUGCACCCAGUUCCCUGGAGACACAGGAGCACCUUGAGAGAAGGAGCUGAGGGAGUGGGGUAGGCAGGCGUGAGCCAGCCAAGGGGCCUGGGCUUGUGGUGAGGGCCCCUCCUGCACCACCCCACACCAGCAGAUGGAACCUGGGGCCUGUGCCUACUCCUAUCCUGGGAGGACCAGGCUGGGGACCACAUCAGCCAGCAAACGUGGAAUGAGCACCAACUGUGGACUAGGCACCAUUCAGGGCUCCAGGGUUACUGCAGUGGGCAAGACAGACGCAGGCUUGCCCUCGGGAGCCCAAGGUCCAGAGGGGAGAGGGUUUUUCUUCAUCUAAUUGUGAUGAAAUGUAUAUAACAAAACAUUUGCCAUUUCAUCCAUUUUUACACAUACAAUUCAGUGACAUAAUUAUGUUCACCAUGUUGUGUAGCCAUUGCCAUGAUCCGUUUCUGGUUUUUCCAUCCACUAAGAGACUCAGUAUCCGUUAAGCAAUCCUGCCCCUCUUUUCUCCUCCUGCCCCUGUAACCCCUGGUAAGUUUUAGGGGGAGAGGCCCUCACUGGGGCAUGAGGUCCCCACUACUCUGUUCGUUCAUAUGACCCUGGUACAGUCCCCCAGUGGGUACCCUGGCAUCCCCAUUUGCAGAUGAGGAAACUGAGAUGAGGCAUUAGUCGUGUGCCUGGGGUCACAGUGUGGGUGACUUCAAGUAAGCCAUUACAUGUGUGCUUGGAGCAGCACAACCUGUGCAGAGCAUGAGAAGAGGGGCCAGGCAGGGGCAAGCUGGGGUGGCAGGGCCCUGUGGCCACAGGGAGCGGGCUGCUUUUGGCUGCGGGUUGAGGCUGGAUGGGCAAGUGGGCCCAGGAGAGGAAGUGCUGGGGGCUUGAGAGGUACUGUGGGGGUGGGGGCAAGGGGUUGGCUGGAAGAGCAACAGGACUGAGUGAAGAACAGUUGGGGGGGUUAUAUUCCAGGUCUCGGGGUGGGCUGAACCUUGGAGUACGGGGCCAUCCUGGUGGUAGAGGGGCCUGGCAUCUUCACGUGUUGGGGCACCUGGACCAGCUCACCCAGGGGUGAGGGGGAAUGUCGAGGAGAGCUGGGGGACCCAAGGAUCCCUCAGGUGAAAGAGGCCAAAGAGGCCAUGGAAACUGCAGGCAGGGGGAGGGGGACUAGGAGGCAGGUGUAGGGGCAGAGCCAACUCCUGAGGUGGAGGUGGGGGAAAAUUCAGGAUCUAGCAAGGGUCAUGCCCUCCAUGCCCCCCGCGUCAGGGGCCUGGUAGGUCCUGGAAGGUGGGGACCCGUUAACUCAGUCUCCCCAUCUGGGCAGCAGGGCUGGGCUGUCCUGGCCUGGCACUGCCCCCCCAUCCCACUCUUGGGAGCCCCUGGCCAGAUGAUGGCGCUGGCCCAGCCACUGCCUGGGACAGGGUGGUUGGCUGGUCCCUGGCAGGAGCUGGGUGGUUCCGUUUCAGAACAAAGUUCUGGAUGUGGAUGGCAUGAAGGUGAAGCUCCAGGUGAGAGGUGAUGGGGGGGGGGGGAGUUGGGGGCAGGGGACACUGGGAGGGGCUGGGCCGCCUGACCCGCUGGGACACAGCUGGCCAGGAGCAGUUCCGCAGCCUACUAUGGAGAUGCUUAUGGUGAGUGCGGGGCCUCAGGUCCCCAGGAAGGCGGGCUGUGUUCUGCUGGUGCCCUAGCUCCCUUGGCUCCUGCUGAGGUAGUACCCAGGUGCCAAGUGGGUAGGAAGUAGCUGGUGUAUAGCUGGUGUGCUAGUGUGAUGUCACCAUCACCCUGUGACUGGGGGUGUGUGGGUGAUGAGGGUGUGGGUGACAGGUGCCCAUCUGCCCCCACCACUCCAAGGCCUCCUUUGACAACAUCCCAGUCAAUGCUUCUUUCCUGGCAGGGGGCCUGGUAACAGGCCCUGGUGGGACCUCCUGACUCCACCCCACCCCCUGGACCACACCAGGGAAGGGGUCAUAUGGCAGAGAUCCCAGAGGGUUGAGGACCUGCCGAAGGGGGGUGGCGACAGCCCCCUAGUGGUGAUCUGAAUGCAGGGGUCAGGGUUGAGAGAAGGGCCUUAGUGGGUCAGGUUGACAUUCCAGCUACCUGUAAACUAGGUGCCUCAGCAUGGCAGCUGUGCCUUGUCAGCAAGAGCCCUACCGGUGCCUAGAGGGUGUGGUCCUGGGGUUUACAGAUCCUGGAUCCCACCUCCCACUGCGUCCUGGCCUGGGCCUCCAAUGUCCCUGGUCCCCGCAGGCCUGGCUGAGCGAGAUCCAGGAGCAUGCCCAGCAUGACACCGUACUCAUGCUGCUGGGCAACAAGGUGGGCCCAGCCUGUCCUUCCUGCAGGAGGGCAAGGGUGAUGGGUGGGCAGCUGUCACAAAAGCCCCAUGUGCCCAAGCCAGGUGGACUCUACCCAGGAGCAUGAGGUGAAGGGGGAGGACGGGGAGAAGCUGGCCAAGGUGAGCAGGGGGCAGGGGUGGCAGGAGGGUGGUCCUGUGGCUGCGGGGACAGGGUCCUAGCUGUCCCUCCAGGCCAAGGCCCAGCUGGCACAGCUGUUUGCAGGAGUACAGACUGCC